AGUGACAAAAUCUGACAAACAAUGUGUUGAAUCGUGAAGUUCAAGGAAUCAUGAUAACAACAUACAAAAAUCAUCCGAGAUGAUCACACCCUUGGCUGACCAACCACUGUCAUGACACGAAUACGAUAAUGUCGUUUAGGAAACAUGGGACUAAGGGUAACGUGGACUACAAGGCGCGUUUGGAGCACAAAUUGUAUCUAGCUAGGGAGACACCGGAGCCAAUUUUCGAUGUUUCCGAUUGUGGAUUGAAGAACGUUCCAUCGGGGGUGUACUCGCUAUGCAAGGUUUUCAGGAAAAAGGAGCUGAAACUUGGAAAAAAUCGACUGUCGUCGUUGACAGGGGGUGGUGCUCUCAGUGAUCUUUCUCUUCUUACUGUUCUUGACCUCAGUGACAAUGAAUUCACCAGUUUACCCUCGGAAAUUCGAUUUCUCACGUCACUCGAGGAAUUGUAUCUCCAAAAUAAUGACCUCAGAAAGAUACCAGAAGAGCUAACAGAGCUUCCCAAUCUAAUCUCUCUGAAUCUCUCGAGCAACAAAUUGAAAUCAUUACCGGAAACAAUGGGAAACUUGAAGACGCUAAAUAUCCUUGACAUCAGCAAGAACCAGGCAGUAAAAGAACUUCCAAAAUCCCUGGCACUUGCCGAACGCCUGGUGCACGUCAAUCUGGAGGGAUUAACACUGAGUUAUCCUCCAGAUUACGUUACACAAGGUGGAGCGAUAGCUAUUGUUGCUUUCCUGGCUCUCGAGUUGGGAUUGGACUGCAGUGCUAGGGAUCAGUUUCUGGAUGCUGAGAUGAAGAUGGGGAGGUUGAAAUUUGGUGGCUCAGAGAACAAUGGUGUCAAGAGAGAUGAAGACGUACAGGCAACAUUAACGAAGCUAGAAAGAGAAAAGGCACGUGACCACAAUCAUAAGUUUAUCGAAAGGAGACAGAAUGCGUUAUUGGAAGUCGAGAGGACGAUAAGAGAGCAACAAGAGUACGAGCUGGGGCUACAGUCGAUGUACAAAGACCAGAAGAAGAAAUUACUGGAAGAUUUGGCCCUCCAGCAGUCCAAGUUGGAAGAACAAAUUGAGAGAGUUCAGCAGGAGAGAGAAGUUAACAGGGUCAGACUCCUUUCUGGUAUUUAUGAUGCUGAGAGAGAGGCUGACAACCUCAUCAAGGAAUUCUUGAGGAGUUCAGAGGCUGAGAGACAGGCACAAGCGGAAUUACACGAACGCGAGGUUAAAGAGGAGUUGGAGCUGCUGUCCCAGUGUCAUUCGGAUCAGUCUAGUUGCAGAACGCGAGAGACUCUCAUUGCAAUGGAGGAACUACUACAGAAAGAACUCCUGAACCAGAGAAAAGUCGAAGAAUAUACGAAAUUCCGAGAGUGCACUGCCCAAUCGUUGCUCAGUCUCGAGUUGAGAAGCAACGAGCACCUGGCAUCAGUAGCUAAGGACCAGAAAAGAGAUCGUGAGGGGCUUCUCGAGAGACUGAGGAAGGAUGAGGUUCUCCAGAAAGCAGCCCUCGCUGCACUCUUAGAGAGAAGUGAUGCGAGGUCGUGGAGUAUCGUUCAACAAGUUAAUCUUGUGCAGUCACAGUUGGUCGUGCUGACUAAUAUUGAACUUGAGAGGAGGAAACUGGAGAUUAAUCAACAAAUCAAUGAUAUUGCUCAAAGGAGAGUAAUCUUAAGUGGAAUUCUGGAAAGUCUUCUCGAGCAACAAGAGAAACGUCGUGCAGAACUCUUAGAGACGAUAAAUCAAAUUGAGCAGCAAAGACAAACAAGAAGAGACAGUUUAUUCUGGCUUAUGCAAUACCAAUCCCUGAUGGACCAGCGACCCCAGGGUCUCCUCGAGGGCCUGGAGCCGACCCUAGUGAGGCACGUAGCCAUCGCUGGAGCUCUACACUGCCUACCAUUCUUGGCAUCUCUGCCUUCAAUGCUACCUCACGUCGACCACCAGCAAUUGGAAGAGAUUGGCAUUCACAAUGAAAACGAUAGGCGAGCGAUAAUACUCGCUGCUGAGAACUAUCUGGCUGAGAGGAAAAUGGAUGAGGACGCGGGAUCAUCGGUGCCUUCAGCACCUGUCGAUGAGCCUUCUACCAGCAGUACAAAUAUCCUCACGAGGACUAUAUCCAGUAUCGAUACGACUGAGUGUGUAGUCUGUAUGGAUUCACAAUGCGAAGUGAUUUUUUUGCCAUGUGGGCACCUGUGUUGCUGUGCAACAUGCUCAAGUGUGGUAACAACCGAAUGCCCUAUGUGCCGCGGCUCUAUACAGCGCAAAAUUCCAGUCAUAAAGCCUUGAAACAAAAACCACUGAAUGAAUUGAGCAUUUUUUUUUCAAAUCCCACUUCGUCACGCUUCACCGUUGAAUUGCUUGGGGAUCCAUUGCCCGUUGGCUUUUUAUUACGAUUAGAUAAUUGAGUAUGAGGAGAGGAUGAGGAUUUUCCGCAUUAUUGUCACGUGUGAAUUUUAUACCAUUGUAUAUGAAUUACCUCAUUUUUUGCUAGAAUUGUCCAGUAGUUUUCCAAUGUCGAGAAUUUUACACGAAUUGUAUACUGCUUCCACGUGUUUACAAACCGAAUGAGGUACUGACUUUGUUAUCAUGUGCCUACUGUUCAUUUUAUGGGAUUAUUAUACAGAAUAGUAGAGGCAGAGAAUUUAGCACAUUUAAUAUCAAUUAUUGAUAUUGAAGUUCAACUCGUAGUUGAUGAAUAAGGAGAUAAGAAUGAGUUUCAAAAAUGAAAGACAAAUUAACGAAUAAAAUUUCGGAAGUAAAAAAUUGAAUUUAUCUAAUGUUCAUUGGUUGAAUCAAUUGAAAUUGUUUUGUUUGCAUUAAUUUCGUGGUUCGGAGAAUUCUGCACAAUAUCAUAAACUUAUCUCCUUAUCUUUGGUAAUAAAACCCCUAGGAUUCAACAACUUCGUGAAAUUAUUUAAUUUCAAUUGUUUAUAAAUAUGUAUAAAACUUUAAAUGACCUUAAUGUUUAAACUUCGAAAGUGAAUUAAAGAGAUUUUUAUUCAUCCUCAA